GUUCUCUCUAACAUCUAGGUCAUUCUCACAUAACUCAGAAAAGAAAUUUUCAAAGUUUUCAGAAGAUGGCUUGUGCAUUUUCUUUAUAUAAUGUUAGGAUCCCUUCGUGCAUUACACAUUCUACUCUUCGUGCUUAUCAAAAGAUGAGCUGUAACACCAUCAAUCCUCAUGUUGUUAAGCUACAGUAUGCCGUUCGUGGUCCUAUAGUUCAAAGAGCAUCAGAAUUAGAAAAAGAGAUAUCUGAGGGAUCGUGCAAAAGGUUUCAAAAAAUUAUUCGGUGCAAUAUCGGGGACUGUCAUGCUUCUGGUCAAAAACCCAUUUCCUUUAUUCGCGAUGUUUUGUCAGCUGCCACAAAUACUAAUGUUAUGAAUAGCAGUCUGGUACCUGAUGAUGCUAAACUGAGAGCCAGAAGGUUUUUAGACAGUUGUGGUGGUAGUGUUGACUGUUAGAAGAAGUUUCUUCGCUUCGCCUUCCAAACAUUUUCGUAUGUUUUGUGACCUAUGUAAUAGCGGCUACCAGUGACACCCGAAAUAUCAACUUUAUCUUAUUUCUUACUUUCGCUGGACAUAUUUACGUCAUAGGGAGUGUUGGUUUUUCCACUGUAACUCACAUCUAAUGUUUAUCACCUGCUGCGCUAAUGCGAUGUCAACUAGGCUAUUAAUUUAUCUGUUUUAUAGAGUUUACAGUCAGUCUACUGGUGUUGAAGUUGUGCGUGAGGAUGUUGCAAAUUACAUAGAAUAUCGGGACCAACUACCAGCUAAUUCACAAGAUGUUUUUCUCUCUACUGGAGCUAGUGAAGCCGUCAAAUCUAUCCUACAGUUAAUAUCUACUGGAGAUGGAUGUAAACGUACUGGUGUCAUGGUUCCUAUCCCACAAUAUCCUCUUUAUUCAGCAACGAAUGCUGAAUAUAAUGCUUAUCAGAUCGACUAUUAUCUUGACGAGUCAAAUGAGUGGAACUUAAAUGUUGAACAGUUAGAGGAAGCUUUAGAAAAAUGCAAAAAUAAGUGUGUUCCUCAAGCCUUAGUAGUAAUCAAUCCGGGCAAUCCAACUGGACAAUUACUACCGAAGGAAACAAUAACAAAUGUUUUAGAAUUUGCUUACAAGCACAAUUUGGUGGUACUUGCUGAUGAAGUUUAUCAGCAUAAUAUUUAUGCACAAAAUAGAGGAUUUGUUUCAUUUAAACGUGCUCUGCAUGAUAUUGGUGGGAGAAUUUCUAAAGAGUUGCAAUUAGCAUCAUUCAUGUCAAGUAGUAAAGGCUAUAUGGGGGAGUGUGGUCUUCGCGGCGGAUACUGUGAACUUAUAAAUUUCCCACCAGAUGUACAACACCAACUAUACAAGUGUCUCUCAGCUCGACUGUGUUCUUCGCUUUUGGGUCAGCUGACUAUGGAUGUCGUCGUGAAUCCACCGAAACCUGAUGAACCAUCCUACAAUGUAUUCAUGAAAGAGAAAUCAUCUGUACUUGAAGAACUAAAGCAAAAGGCUGAACUUACUACAAAAUCCUUGAACUCAUUACCCGGCUUCUCGUGUAAUCCAAUCACUGGAGCAAUGUAUGCCUUUCCACGAAUCGACCUACCUAAGAAAGCAAUUGAGGCUGCAAAGUCGAAAGGUAUGGAACCAGAUUUUAUGUACUGCUUGGAGUUUUUGGAAGAAGGUGGUGUUUGUGUUGUUCCCGGAUCCGGUUUCGGUCAGAUGCCAGGAACUUGGCAUUUUAGAAUCACAAUCCUGCCUAAAAUUGAAGAAAUGAGGUUGGUUAUGAACCGUUUAGAAGAUUUCCAUUCAAAUUUCCUCAGAAAGUACUCUUGAAUGAUGUGUUUUCGCUUGACAAGCAUGAAAGAAUCUAAAUGUGUAUAGCCCAUAUCAUCUGUCUGUUCAUCUAUCUAUUUACUUCUGCCAUAUUUUUCCUUCAAAUUGAUGUGUAUUUCCUAUGAUUGGUCGUUAACAAUUUUCGAUUUGCCUUUGUUACCGUUUCUUGAAUAUGAUUUGACAUUUGUUUUCAUAUUUAUAUAUAUUACUCAGGGACAAUAUGGAUGACUAAAUUAUUGAUUAAUUUGUGAUUCAUCUACAUGAUUCCUGCUUAUUCUAUUCUAAUACCCUGUAGCUCUUAUUUCAUGCGCAUAAUAGUCGACUAUCACAGACUGCAUUUUCCUCUUGAUAACCUUAGUUACUACCACUUUAUUACCUUCCACUUUUUACCACAUAAGUCACUGCUUCAGCAGUUACAAUUUUUCCUAAAUGUGUCGCCCAUCCGUUCUGUUUUUUUAUUCAUGAAUUGAAAUCAGUUCAAGGGAAGGAGUGCUGAUUAAGAAGUCGUAGAUGGUUGUUAAAUUAUAGAGUUUGCAAGUCUU